AGUUGGUGAGCCGCAACGGGAGUCCGUCAUCACCGCCGUCGGUCUUUCUUCCAUCUUUUCAACAACCAACGCGACGUCCUCUUUGCGCACCGUGUCUUUUUUCGAGUUCUAGCUCCUUGUGAUAUAUCGUCUUUCUUUUCGCUUUUAUUACGCAGCUUCUUUUUCUCUCAGUUAUCAGCCAUUAUGUCCGGUCGUGCAGGCGGUGGAGCUGCUCGCAAGACGUUGCUCGCGCCAAUUCAUUUUAUCUUCAAGCUUCUCCAGCAGCGAUCGACCGUUUCCAUCUGGCUUUAUGAGCAAUUGGCAUUCCGGAUAGAAGGCAAGAUUCGGGGAUUUGACGAGUUCAUGAACCUGGUUAUCGACGAUGCGGUGGAAGUGAGAUUGGCUACGAAGACCGAAGAAGAGAAGCGGAGGCCAUUGGGCCAGAUCUUGCUCAAGGGUGACAAUGUGUCUCUGAUCCAAGCCGUCCAAUGAACGUAAUCGAGAAAAGAAGACCCGAGUUUCGCUGCGAUACGUUAAUGUCCUUUUGCUCCUAAUAAUCAAUUCUACGGUCUGUCGGAGGACGAUCGAAACAUCAUAUACACAUAGGAAGGGAAGCUAUCUACACGAAAAGAAUCCGUUUUUCUGGUUGUAUCAACGCUGGCGGACGAAGAACUUUCCAUCACCAACAACGAGGGCAUCGAUAGGCCAGUCAUGAUGUGUAACGGGGAUUUCUUCGGACAGGGGAAGCAUUUGUUCCUGGAGGGCGAGGGCAAC